AGUCGGGUAAACAGAUAUUGUCUUAAAUUACGAGCGGCUGAAGGACAAAACACACAGAUAACCGGUAGAGUAACAUUCUGGCUUGUAAGGAACAUUUAGCUGUUUUUGCACUCCACUUGUGUAUUACAGCCUGACUGCAUCACUCGUCUCCCUUUACAGAGCCAUAUUCAGGAUGACCAGUACUUUGUCACUUACACCAUUGAGCCCAUGCUUGAGUUGCUGUGGAUCGAGGAGGUCGCACACGAGGACACACGCUACAAAGUCCUCUUCCCUAUCACAACACCUCCGAUGGCCAGGCCUCCACAAGUUCGCAACUACACGCCCUUAGACACAGUUCCUGAGCAGGCAGUGUUUGUGCUUGAGUUGGGAACCUUCAACCUUGAUGUGGAGCUGCUGAACAUCACCUUUCCCACCAUGGUGCUAACUGUUGCAGAGUGCAACAUCAGAGGCUUCAAUGUUCAGGAGCAGAGAUCCCUGGACAACACCUUGAAGAGCUUCAGGAUGGAGGUGCCCUUCUCAGACCCGGUGGUCUUUAAGGAGAGAAGGGCGGAACAAGGUGUCACAACCUUCACUCUUCAGCUGAUCUACGGCCUGGUCGUCUUUCCAGAGUACGCUCCUUUCUCUCACUCUGCCGUUUUGGACGCUGUACUGCUGGACAUUGUGCCACCCUCAGUCACUGGCAACUGUGAUCAGGAGAACUUUCACAUCACUGUGGACUACAGGAACCAAGAGCCCUUUUUCGUGGUCUUGGUUGGCAAGCGGCUGCUUAACCAUGAGCUUGCGCAACAGUAUUUGACAGAGGGCGACGCAGACUUCACCAUCACGUUACCCUUCUCUUCGCCGGACGCAGUGUUUGAGUCGGUUCACCCGUCCUCUGUCAGGAGCAGACUGGAUUUGGCUCUGUUGAAUCCUUACAACAACAUGACCAUCAAACACUUUUCCCUGGCUUGCAGCUUCCUCAAAACGCUGACUGAGUGUUUCUCUAACGGAACGAUGACUGCGCUGGCGGUCAAGGUGGAGUCUGCUCCCAGUCUGAACCCCGGUCAGCUGACCCUGAGCGACCCCGCCUGUGGUCCCACCUACAGCGACGAUCGCUUCGCCUACUUCCACUUCACUGUCAACUCCUGUGGCACCACCAGGAAGUUUAUCAACAAUGUCAUGCUGUAUGAGAACGAAAUCUCCUUGCCAGAUGAACUUGAGGUGAAGCUGAAUGGCACGACGUCUUCAGAGGAGGAAUAUCAGUUAAAGGUUUCCUGCUACUAUGUGGUCAACAUCACUCGCACAUUGGCCUUCCUCACCAGGCCGCGUGACAACGAGCAUUUUGCCGAGAUUGGGACUGGUCGACAAAUGGUCAGAAUGAGACUCGCUCAGGACGCCUCGUAUAACACGUUCCACCAGGAGGAGGACUAUCCAGUGGUGAGGUACCUGAGACAGCCUCUGCACUUUGAGGUGGAGCUGACCAAGUCCUCUGACCCCAAGGUAGCGCUGGUGCUUGACCACUGCUGGGCCACCCCCAAUGAGGACCGUGACUCCCGACCCCGGUGGAAUCUCAUCAUUAAUGGUUGUGAGAACCCGGAGGAUCCGUACCGUGUAGUCUUCCACCCGGUGGUAGCUGACGCCAGGGUCCACUUCCCCCCUCACGUCAAACGCUUUGAGGUCUAUAUGUUUUCCUUCGUCGAGGAUGCAGUUGAGCCGAGUGGCCAGGUCUUUGUCCAUUGUGAUGUGGUCAUCUGUGACGCCAGUAGUCCCUCUGGCGGCCCCUGUAGUGGACAAUGUGUGAAUCAGGACAACUCGAAAAGAGGUCAACGACAUGUCAAAGACCUCUUUGAGGAGCGUCAUUUGUAUGUUUCUUCUGGAUACAUUCUUUGGGUGUAAUGUCUUAUUCUAACAUGUCAAAUAAAGUGUUCUAUACAACAA